GAUCCCGGCUCUAAAAGCUUGUCUUCACCCCACUGCCGGGCCUUCUGGAACUCAGGACACGCAUCUGUGAUCGAGACUGCGCAGCUGCACUGCCUCGCGCCACUGGCCACAGGUUUUGAAACAUGCAUCCUUCUCUCUUCCUGGCUGCGCUUUGCCUGGGAAUAGCCUCAGCUGCUCCACAAUUCGAUCAGAGCUUAGAUGCGCGCUGGUCCCAGUGGAAGGUGGCACACGGGAAACUGUAUGACGAGAAUGAUGAAGGAUGGAGGAGAGCAGUGUGGGAGAAGAAUCUGAAAGUGAUUGAACAGCACAACCAGGAGUACAGCCAAGGGAGACACAGCUUGACGAUGGCAAUGAAUGCCUUUGGUGACCUGACCAAUGAAGAAUUCAAGCAGGUGAUGAAUGGCCUUAAAAGCCAGAAGCGCAAGGAGGGGAACGUGUUCCAAGCACCUCCCUUUGCUGAGACCCCCUCAUCUGUGGACUGGAGAAAGAAAGGCUAUGUGACCCCCGUGAAGAAUCAGGGUCUCUGUGGUUCUUGUUGGGCUUUUAGUGCAACUGGAGCCCUUGAAGGACAAAUGUUCCGGAAAACCAGCAGACUGGUGUCACUGAGCGAGCAGAACCUGGUGGACUGCUCUCAGGCGGAAGGCAAUGAGGGCUGCAACGGUGGCCUGAUGGAUUAUGCCUUCCAGUAUGUGAAGGACAACGGAGGCCUGGACUCGGAGGAAUCUUACCCGUAUUGCGCACAGGAUGAAUCCUGCAAAUACAAGCCUGAGCAAUCCGCCGCUAAUGACACCGGCUUCACGGACAUCCAUCCGGAGGAGGAGUCCCUGAAGCUGGCGGUGGCCACUGUGGGGCCCAUCUCUGCUGCGAUCGAUGCAAGCCUGGGUACCUUCCAGUUCUAUCAUAAGGGCAUUUACUACGAUCCAGACUGUAGCAGUGAAGACUUGGAUCACGGUAUUCUGGUGGUGGGCUAUGGCUCGGAAGGAGAAGCCUCAGAGAAGCAAAAAUACUGGAUUGUCAAGAAUAGCUGGGGCACAGACUGGGGCAUGCAGGGUUACAUACUGAUGGCCAAGGACCGGGACAACCACUGUGGAAUCGCCACCGCAGCCAGCUUUCCUAUUGUGUGAGAUGAGAGUGUAAAGAAGACCUCGACUGGGGACCAAAUACGCAGAAGAGGAAUUUUCUCUUACAAGUGAUCACACCUCAUUGUGUGGAAUGAAACACUCAAGCCACUGGAGAUCUAACCUGUGAUCUGAUUUUGUGAUUUCUUUAAUUGCUGCUUUGGACAGCUUUGGGUGGUUGACUUGUUUAAUAGAUUUUGAAUUUUAUAUCUUGUACUGAUACGUAAAGUUAUACCUUUUAAAAUAAAACCAUUU